AUGAACGAAAAAACUGUUGAUAAAUAUAAACUCUUAACGACAGAUCUUCUUGGAGCAGGAUCAUUUGCAAAAGUAUAUAAAGGAAUUGAUACUACCAAUAAUAGAUUAGUUGCCAUUAAAAUGCUUCCAAAAUAAAAUAUACUCAAUGAUAAAUAUUUAAUGGAAGGAUUAAGAAGAGAAUUAUCAGUUAUGCAAAAACUAAGGGGAAAUAAUGUAGUUCGUUUAUUAGAUACUCUUGAAUCUUAAAAUAAUUACUAUAUUGUACAAGAAUUUUGUAAAGAUGGAGAUCUAGGAACCUAUCUUAAAAAAUAGUAAUAUUUAACAGAAGUUGGAGCCAUAAGAAUAUUAACAGAUAUUCUUAAUGGUUUCAUUGAAUUAUUAUAAUAAGGAAUUAUUCAUCGUGAUUUAAAACCAGCUAAUAUUCUUGUUCAUUAAAAUACUUUUAAAUUAGGAGGUAAUUUAAAUUAUAAAUUAGAUUUUGGAUUUGCUAAAUGCAUUUCAAAUUUUUAAAGAGAUAUAAUGGAAUCUGUUGUUGGAACUCCACUUUAUAUGGCACCAUAAAUUUUAAUGAGAGAAACAUAUACAAGUAAAUGUGAUAUUUGGUCAAUUGGAUGCAUAUUUUAUGAAUGUAUAUUCAGAAGAACACCAUGGAUUGCUAAUUCUGUACCAUAAUUACUUAAUACAAUAUUAAAAUACCCAGUUUAGUUUCCAGCUUAUAUUUCUGCAGAAGCUAAAGAUUUUAUACUGAAAUGUCUUGAAGUAGAAGAAGAUAAACGUAUGGGUUGGAAUGAUCUUUAUAGACAUCCACUGAUCUAUUCAAAAUUUAAAGAUCAUGUUGAUAAAGUUAUCAAUAUGGAGGCUUAAGCAGAAUUUAUUAUUAAUGAAUUAAGAUAAAUCAUUGUUGUCAAAUAAAUUGAUUUAUUGGAAACAUUUAAAAAGUUAUAAAUUUAGGAUAAUUAAUUUCUAACUUUUAAGGAAUUACAACUUUUAUUAAAUGAAAUUGAUCCUAAACUAAAUAGAUAAUAAAUUGAAUUUGUUUUUAAUAUGAUUGAUGUUGACAUGACUAAUUAAAUUAAUUUUUUGGAAUUUUAAAGAUGUCUUUAAUAACAUAGAGUUAGAUUAAGCUUAUAAGAAAUUAAACCUGAUAUCAUUUAUGAAAACAGCCCACUAGUUUAAAUGCCAAAAUGGAAAAUAGAAUUAAAGAAAAUUAAAGAUAAAAUAGAAGAAGAAGAAAAAANAUGCAAACUGUACUCAGGUAAGAAAGAGAAAAUAUAAUAAAACUAAAAGGCUUAUGUCCUGAUAAACGUAUUCCUAGAGGAGUCUUAUUAUAAGGAGCUGAGGGAAUAAAAGAUGCACUUGAACAUUUCAAUACAACUAGGGCUGCAGAUAGAAUCAAUGAAAAAUGGCCAGAAACUAAAUGAAUUAUCUACAUUAUAUUUAAUAAUGAACGAAAAAACUGUUGAUAAAUAUAAACUCUUAACGACAGAUCUUCUUGGAGCAGGAUCAUUUGCAAAAGUAUAUAAAGGAAUUGAUACUACCAAUAAUAGAUUAGUUGCCAUUAAAAUGCUUCCAAAAUAAAAUAUACUCAAUGAUAAAUAUUUAAUGGAAGGAUUAAGAAGAGAAUUAUCAGUUAUGCAAAAACUAAGGGGAAAUAAUGUAGUUCGUUUAUUAGAUACUCUUGAAUCUUAAAAUAAUUACUAUAUUGUACAAGAAUUUUGUAAAGAUGGAGAUCUAGGAACCUAUCUUAAAAAAUAGUAAUAUUUAACAGAAGUUGGAGCCAUAAGAAUAUUAACAGAUAUUCUUAAUGGUUUCAUUGAAUUAUUAUAAUAAGGAAUUAUUCAUCGUGAUUUAAAACCAGCUAAUAUUCUUGUUCAUUAAAAUACUUUUAAAUUAGGAGGUAAUUUAAAUUAUAAAUUAGAUUUUGGAUUUGCUAAAUGCAUUUCAAAUUUUUAAAGAGAUAUAAUGGAAUCUGUUGUUGGAACUCCACUUUAUAUGGCACCAUAAAUUUUAAUGAGAGAAACAUAUACAAGUAAAUGUGAUAUUUGGUCAAUUGGAUGCAUAUUUUAUGAAUGUAUAUUCAGAAGAACACCAUGGAUUGCUAAUUCUGUACCAUAAUUACUUAAUACAAUAUUAAAAUACCCAGUUUAGUUUCCAGCUUAUAUUUCUGCAGAAGCUAAAGAUUUUAUACUGAAAUGUCUUGAAGUAGAAGAAGAUAAACGUAUGGGUUGGAAUGAUCUUUAUAGACAUCCACUGAUCUAUUCAAAAUUUAAAGAUCAUGUUGAUAAAGUUAUCAAUAUGGAGGCUUAAGCAGAAUUUAUUAUUAAUGAAUUAAGAUAAAUCAUUGUUGUCAAAUAAAUUGAUUUAUUGGAAACAUUUAAAAAGUUAUAAAUUUAGGAUAAUUAAUUUCUAACUUUUAAGGAAUUACAACUUUUAUUAAAUGAAAUUGAUCCUAAACUAAAUAGAUAAUAAAUUGAAUUUGUUUUUAAUAUGAUUGAUGUUGACAUGACUAAUUAAAUUAAUUUUUUGGAAUUUUAAAGAUGUCUUUAAUAACAUAGAGUUAGAUUAAGCUUAUAAGAAAUUAAACCUGAUAUCAUUUAUGAAAACAGCCCACUAGUUUAAAUGCCAAAAUGGAAAAUAGAAUUAAAGAAAAUUAAAGAUAAAAUAGAAGAAGAAGAAAAAAGUUUUGUUAAGUUAUUUAAAUAAUUUGAUAGUGAUGUCAAUUAAGUACUCGAUCUAGUUGAAUUUGUCAAAUUUCUCAGGUAACCAUUCUUUAAUACAUAUAUUAUAGAUCUUUUAAUUCUAAAAUCAGCAAUGAAGAUGCAAGUUUGAUUUUCUAACAUUUUGAUAAAAAUUGUAAUGGAGGUAUUGAUUUUUUAGAAUUUAAGUCAACUUUCGAAUCUUAACUAUGA